GAACCGUUGGGCUGCUGGGAGAUGUAGCUUUACCUCGAGGGUGGAGGUCACGUAUCAGUGUUGUUGUAGGUGGAGCUGUGGUGAGAUUGAAUGUCUGGCUGUAGGGGUAUCACUUUCAUGCAAGGUGCCAUGUUGUGUUACUUGGUAUUCAACACAAACGAGACUUUGCGGGGUUGAAGCGGUCUUCCGCAUAGGAUCUCCUGUGCUAUACGACGGUGUUUGGGUCACAUAUCGUAAAGGAUGAGAUUCAAGAUCUCUGGAUAGACAGCCCUACUAGACGUGAAGACACAAACCUCUCCCAAAACAUCGAAACACUCGAUCAUCGAUCAUGACCUUGCCAUUCGAAACAGCAGAAACAUUCCGCCGCAACAAGACGCGCUACUGUCGCCAUAUUGACACCAAGCAAUGGUCCCUCCUCUCGACAUUCAUCCUGCCCGACGCCGAGAUCGAGUUCCUCAACGCCGAGGGCCGGACCUAUGUCGACGAGAACGGGGUGGAGCAGAAGUGGUAUUCCCGAGCCGGCUUCGUAGCGUGUUUUGAGAAGGCGUUUGAGGGGAUGCAGACUUUGCAUGUUGUUGAUCCGGGUGAUUUUGAGGUUGUUGAGGGGAAUGGGGCCGGAGACGGAGAUCGGAGUGGGGUCCGGAGUGGGAGUGGGAGUGGGAGCAGGAGUAAAAAUGAGGCCAGGGCCGUCUUUGGGCUUGUGUAUCAUGUUGGCGAUGCCGGAUCUGAGAAGGGUGUUCAUUUGACUGGCGGCAGGCAUUAUCAAGAGACUUGGAAGAUGGUCAAGGAUGAGUAAGGGGAGGGGUGGUGGUUUCUUGCCAAGAUGAGGUUGCACAGGCUGUUUUCGAAGGUUGCCAAUCUCUGAGAGGCAUCGUGAUGGUAAGAGAGGUGUCUGGGUUGAGAUGCUGUCGGUUAUGGUUGUGGUUGAGGGUUCUGGUGUUGUCCUGGGCCGGAUGCGGCU